AUGCGCCGGCCGCUGCCCUCGACGACGGAGCUCGUGAGCAAGCACCACGACGUACUGUACGACGUCGGUAGCGCCAUGCACCACGGCAAGCGCCUCGCGCUGCGCUUCAGCACCACGGGCGAAGCCACGUACGAAGAGUACUCGCGCACGGACGUGCUCAAGCUCGUGCAGGCCGCGGCCGCCGGCGUCGUCGCACCCACCCCCCGCACUGCGAACCGCAUCGAUAUCCCGAAAGUGCACAUGCGGGACUUGCGCAAGCUCGACAACGUCUUUGCCGUCUCAAACGAGCCGUCGCUGGUCGUGCGGCAGCAGGCCAUCCUUGUCAACGCCGAUCCGGUCCGAGCGGUCAUUACGCGCGAGAGCUGCCUCGUCUUCUUGCCGGACGGCGCCGACAGCCUCGUGUCGCUCCUGAAAGGCUGCUUUACCGAGCAGAUUGUGUAUACGCAAUCGAUCGCAUUUGAGUUCGCGGCUCUCGAAGCCGUGCUCCAGACGCUGUGCAAGGUCGUCUCGAGCGACUGCGAGAAAGUGCUGCCGGUCGCCAAGACCUCGGUGGACCGUAUGGCCCGCGAUGACCUUCCCAUGGGCGACAUGGAAGCCCUUCGGUCGCUCAAGAAUGCCCUGCACGAGCUCGACACGCAGGUCAACGGCAUGCGGCGCAUGCUCAUGGAGAUUCUCGAGAACGAGGAAGACUUGCACAUGCUCUAUUUGACCAAGAUUUUCGCCGAGCCAGCCGUGGCGUCGGACCUCUUGAGCUUUGACACGGAAGACGCCGAGUCGCUUUUGGAAGUUUACCUGCAGGACAUUUACGCGACCCAAACCCGCGUGUCGCUCAUGCUCAACAACAUUCGAAACACCGAGUCGAUGGUCAUGCUGCGACUGGAUACGAAGCGAAACUACCUCUUGACAGUCGACUUGACGCUGACGCUGUGGACGACGAUGCUCACGGUCCCGACGUUCAUCGUCGGCGGGUUUGGCAUGAACCUCGACUCGACGACGCAGCAGACACCCUACAUGUUUUGGAUCGUCUUUGGAUUCUGCGUCCUCUUCCCGAUCACGUCCGUGUACCUCGUCAAGCGGUUCCUCGAGCAACGUGGCAUCAACAUGAGCUGGAAGUCGGGCUAG